GAUAUACCUUUCCUAUGUAUAAAUAUCAUAUUAUCAUGGUGGACUGGACUAGCUGGCUAGCUACAGUGUACUAGCGAUCAUUCAUACUCACUCUUGUCUAAUAACUGUGUGCCUGUGUCUCAACCAUCCAGAAAAACAGAAAAUUCAAUCCAUUCCAUAAAGAUAAGGCUGACCGAUGACGGGGGAGCUGAGAGCCAGAGAGCUGGCGCAGUAUGAUGACAUAGCGAGCAGUCUGUGCGUGGAUCCGAUGGUCGGUUUCACCACUCACAAGAUGAAUCCCCGCUUCAGACACGUCAAGGGAAAGUACGAACACGGGUUUGGAGCUCUACAGGAGGUCAUUAGACGCUACCAUAUAGAGGGGGACGAGGAUGGAGCUUACGAGAGACUCGUCAGUGGGAACUGGGCAAGGACCUUCCUCAUUGGGAAACAGAAGGGAACAGUCACAGCAUUUAAGGAACAUUUUCUCCGCUACCUGCACAUGUACGAUUUUGACGCUGGAUUCAAGAUUGCCAGCUGCUCACGUUACUCAUCAGAGAGCUGUGGGGCAAAGGUCGUCGUGACUAAGGAAUGGAGUAGUGGAGAGUUGUUGACCAAGUUGUGUGGCUGCAUCGCUGAGAUGACUCGCGAGGAGGAAAAGAAUUUCCUAGUUCCUGGUCAGAAUGACUUUAGUGUCAUGUUCUCUACUCGAAAGGGAUGCUCUCAGUUAUGGCUGGGGCCCGCAGCAUAUAUUAAUCACGAUUGCAGACCAACUUGUAAGUUUAUACCCACUGGAAGGAAUACGGCAUGUGUUCGAGUGCUUAGAGACAUGCAACCAGGUGAUGAGGUCACUUGCUACUAUGGGAAUAACUUUUUUGGAGACAACAACAGCAACUGCGAAUGCGUGACCUGUGAAAGGAGGUGUGCUGGAGCUUACACUAGUAGGAAGGCCUCUACUUCAUCUGAGCAGAGCAGUCAGCCGCCCACACCCUCAUCGUUGACCUCUGAACCACCCACCACUACACCUGCUACUCGCUACUCUCUCAGAGAAACUGAGAAGAGACUCAAACGUCAGCAGCCAACCCAAACAGCUCAGGAUGAUGAAUUUCCGGCGGCUGUUGAGACGGACCCUGGACCACCACUGAGGAAAAGACUGCGCUCACACAGCCAACCAAUGGACACCAGCGUCAGUGCCCCCACUGUCCCCUGUCUUAGAACACUCAAAGUACGUAAAACUGGAACAAACGGCUGGAAAAUUGUGUCUAAAGACGACAAGAAAACAGUUGUUUUGGGGCCCUCCCACACCAGAUCCACAUCGAUGCCCACUGCUAGUAAGAGAAAGAAUAGAGUGAAGACCAUCCCUAAAAGAAUUCUCCCUCGAAGAAGUGGCUCAUUUGUAGGCCAGGUACAUCCUUUCCAGGGAUACAAGCCACGAUCGAAAACGAAGCGCUCCAGGACCUUCACCGAACCAAGCAUCACUUCUAAUGUAAAGCAGGAGCUCACCUCCCAACAGUCUACAGUAGUUACCUCUCUCCACAAACGGUUAAGAUCGCUAAAACCCUCUAAUAAACCAUCUAAUCGAAAAAGAGACAAACAAUUGAACGAAACAUCACAUGAACUAAUCGAACCAUUGAACAAACGAGUUAAACCAUCAGAUGAACUAUCAGAUGAACGAUUGAACAAACUAGUCAAACCGUCGAACGAAACAUCACAUGAAGCAAUCGAACCAUUGGAACUAUUAGAUGAACUAUCAGAUGAACUAACCGAACACGAACCAUCAGAUCAAGUACAUGUACAUGUAUCAGAUGAGUUAACUGAACCAUCGGACAAACCAGCGAAGUCCUCGGAAAAACCAGUCAUCUAUUUCACUACCAUCUUCUCAGCCAAUCCGAUUGUCACUCGCUCUCGAGCUAAGUCAUCAGAUGUUCAAACGAUUAAAGUAUCUCCACGCUCACGAGCAAAGAAACGCAAGACUCCUCCCGAUAGCAUAUCCCUAGCCACCCCCUCGGCCACCACCACACAAGACCUCUUCUCCCCCACAAGCCAGGUUGACAUCAGCAUCGAGUGUCGCACCAAGAAGACAAUGGGAGAGUUUGUCACCGGGGGGAGUUCGUUCCUCGCAUCAAACAACGUGGUCGUGUCUCUUAAGUUCAUGGAGGACGGUGAGAUCAAGACUGGCACAGAAGAGGCUCAGAAUCUCAUACUGCACACUCCAAGAGCCGAACGUGUGGCCGCUAUCACCAUAGAGACCGGUACCUAUGACGACCAGAAGAAAGUCGAGAUUAAUUUGCUCAAAUGAUAUUUUCCCUCUUAUUGACUGUGUCAAUGUGUUGUGUUAAUUUAUUAUGCAUCCCCCAUAUGCUUUAUUAUCAUUCGAUUUUUUUAUUCUCAUGAUCAAUCAUUAAAUGUUUUGAUUAUUAAAUUUCAUAUAAAUUA